CGAUAAUGGACAGGCGCCCAAGCGAAAAUUAUGAAGAAUAUGAAAGCGACGGGGAUAUCCCCGAUGAGUUCUCCGAUAUUAUGGAGAAUGAAUUUGAAGAAAAUGAAGAAAGAUUCGAGCCUAGAGAAAGUGUCUCUAGCAGAGGCACUUUUAACAAAUUUGAUAAAGACAACUCCCGAAGAAAUACUGGUGCCAGGCCUUCCAAUACAAGCUAUGUGCGUGAGAAGGGUAGACCAAAACUUCAUGAAAUAAAUGAAGAUACUUACAAUGAAGGCUCUCCAGUCAGAGAGAAUCCUGAGGCACCCAGAGAUGAUGAAUCCAGCGUAAUCACAGAAGUGGUUGAAGAAAAAAUCGUCAAUAUUGAUAGUGAUUUUGAAGAACAGCAGAAUAACUCCCCAGAUAUUGACCAAAGAAAUAAGCAAAUAGAUGAGUACCUAAAAAUGGAUAGAGAGGAGUACCUAAAUAAAGAAGAAUAUAACAACAUGGAAGGAAGUGAUCCUGAAAAUUUUGAUUCUCAACCACAGGAAAAUUAUAACCUAGACGAUUACCACCCUCAAAACCAGGAGUCUGAUCAUAAUGAUUACCAUGAGAACGAGCUUAGCCCUGAACAAGAGGUGCAUGAACAAGAAGGAUACCAAGAUGAUCCAGAUUAUGAUUAUCAAUACCAAGAAGAAGGUAAUCCAGAGAUUCAAGAAGAAAAUUUACAAAACCAUCAAUACCAAGAAGAAUAUAAUCAUGAAAGAAAUCUUCCAGAAGGAGAGCACGAAGGUGAAGAUUAUGGAGAAGGUGAAUCUCAAGAACAAGAGGAAGAAAUCAAGCAUGCAGGGUUACAAACAGUAUUCAUCGGUGAAAAAUCCCAACAUUUACUUUAUUAUGUAGUAGAAGGAUUUGAACCAGAGCAAGCUGUUGUGGAUAUCGAUCCGGAAUGUGCUGAAGAGGAAUAUCCUCAAUAUGCUCAUAGCCCAAUACAAGAGAAUGAAGAUGAACAUUUUUCCUCCCAAAAUAAGGAUUAUCCUGACUAUAAUAACAGAACCAAGUUGUUCUAUCUCGCAAAUGAAGUGAAGAAGAAGGAUCAAGGAAGGAAAUUUGUUCUUUGGGAGCAAAAUGAAAUGAGAAACCAAUGGGAUGAUAAGGAGUACUCAAGGCUUCAGAAAUCAACAUCCCAAGCAAAAUUAGAGCAUCAUUGGAAUAAUGAUAUCACUCGUAAACUAAAUUCUCCUAAAUCAAAGGCUAAAAAUUAUGAUUUCUCUAACAUUGAAGAACAAAACCUACCUGUCCGUAAGAUUGAAAAAUGGUAUGAGAACACAGAAAGUCAGAUCCCACUGCUUACUGAUAAUCCAGCUAGUAAAAAGAGAAAAAUUGGUAAAAGAGUUGAGGUAGGAAACAGUUUGAAAGAUGUUCCUAAGAAAGAUCACUCAAUUCAUAAUAUUUUCCUUCAAAGUGAACUUCAAGCUCAACUUGAGAGAUCUAAGAAACAGCAAAAGGCACCUUUAACUCACAAAUCUUUGGCCCAAAAGACAGAUAUAAAGACUAUGUAUGCUGGAAGACCUAUCUUUGGAGGCCAUCAACCUGGAAACCAUCAUGAGAAUGCUAAUAUGGGCAGAGCUAGAGAUUUUCAUUCAUCAAAUAUUUUCUAA